AUGAACAAGAACAUUUUUAAUUAAAAUACAAUUUUAAAUACUUCUAAUUCUCUAAUUUAUUUAGAUUCUAAAAAAGUAAAGAUAAAGGAAAUGAGAGUAUAAAAUAUCAAUUAUGAUCCUAAUUAAAUCAUUUAAGAUAUUUUUAGUAAAUCUAUUGGAGGUGUAAUAUUUGCUAAAACUGAAUUAUUUUAAAUUGAUAAUUCAAAUUUGUUAAAUAUUUUUGCUUAUUAAGCAUCAUGUUUUUAAUUAGAAUUGAUUAAAUUAGGAAGUGUAGAAUUAAAUGAUAUUUAUAUUGAAAAUGCUACAAGUUGGUCAAAAGAUUAAGAAUAUGCAGUUGGCGGAUGUUUGGGUAUAAAUUCAAUUAAUUCAAAACUAAAUUUAAAUUUAAACUCUAUUAAAAUAAUAAAUUGUAAAAGCAAGAAUUAAAAUGGCUUUUUUUAUUUAAUUCCAUCAACAAUUAAUAAUUAAAUCUCAUUCAAUGAUAUAAUGUUUACAAAUGUUUAUUCUUAGAGUAAAAUAAUAUUGGAUUUUGAUUUCUAGGGUAAUAAUUAAUUAAACAGUGUAAAAUUAUAAAAUAUCAUUAUUAAUCUCGAUGAGAUUUAGUAUUAUUAGAGUUUUAGUAAGAUUUUUGAAUAGACUAAUUAAACCAGAAAUGGGAUUAUAUCAAUUUUUAAUAGGUAACACAUUAUUAUUCCUAUAUUAGCAAUAUAUAAAUUAAAAAUCUAUAUUUUGAGGGAAUAGCUACUUAAAAUAUCAUAACUCUUCAAUUUUAAAAUUCAAUUUUGUUAAGCAAUAUGUACUUAAAUUAAGUAAAUGCAUUUAGUAAUGACCUUAUAACUAUAUAAUAUAAGGGACUCAUUUUAUCUGAAAAUUCUUUAUAAAAAGAAAUAAUAAAUAUAGCUAUAACUAAUAUAACUAUUUUUUAAUCUUAGUUUUCAGAGAGAAAUAUUGAUAAUUUUUUAAGUAAUUCUUUUUUUAGCAUUAUUAUUGCAAAUAUCAAUAAAAAAUAAUAGAUAAAUUUAUAAUUAACUAAAAUAUUAUUAAUAAAUAAUUCAUGUCAAUCAUGUUUGAAAGGUUUAAUAUAUUUACAAUUAGAUUAAAAUGUUUAAAAAUGUAAAAUAUCAGACCUUUUACUAUAUAAUAAUUAUUGUGGAUAAUCUAAUUGUUUAUUUGUAAAUUAAAGUUUACAUGUUGAAAUGAGUAAGAGUAUGUUCAUUUCAAAUAUUGGUAAAAGAAAUGGUGCAAUGAAUUUGUAGAUUGAUUAAAUUACUGGUAAGAAUUUAUUAUAUUUAAAUAAUGUUGGUACAAUAGGUGGAGGUCUUUUUUAUAAAUCAAUUAAUGAAUUAAAAAAUUUAAAAAAUAUCUAUUUUAUAAAUAAUUCUGCAGAUAUUGGAGGAGCUGUGUACAUUGAAAAUACUAGAAUAUCUCCUGAAACUUUAUUAUAAAUCUUAUUUAUUGACAAUAAAGCAAAUGAUCAGAUCCCAAAUGUUAGUGAAUAACCUAGUCAUUUAUAAUUAUCUGUAUUUGGAUAGAGAAUUAUGACAAAUAGAGAUGUAAAUUUAGGAAAACCAAAUUUUGCAAAAUACAAUAUGGAUAAUUUUAUUUUCAUUCCUAGUGGAUAGAAAAUUGGAUAUUAUGAACAAUAGAUUUUAAAUUAAGUAAUUCUUAAUAAAGUCUAUAAUAUAUAACUCAAGAUUUUACCAAUAAACAAUUUAAAUGAGGUUUAACUUGAAAAAGAAAAUUCUGUAUGUAUACUUGAUUUGUCAGAUUAGAUUAACUAAGACAAUAUAAUAAUUAAUAAAAUUGAUUAAUAAGAACAGAAAAUAACAUACAAUAUUAGUAGUCAAUCCUUUGAUUUAACAAAUUAUUCUAUAGUAUUGGAUCCUUAUUCAAAUGAUAUAUAAUUUUAGAGAUUUAAAUUCAAAUGUAAUUCUAUAAGAAAUCUAAAUUAUACUUUUUAAUUCAAUGCUAAAAGUUUUGCAUGUAAAAUGGGAGAAUAUUAUUUUGAAUCUUAAUGUUUAUUAUGUGAUUAUAAGAAAGGUUUCUAUUCAGUAGAACCAAAAGCAUAUAAUUGUUAGAAAGUAGAUCCAAAGACUAUCAAAUCUAAUACAAUAAAUAAUAUUGAAUUAUAUCCUGGAUAUUGGAGACCAAACAUAAGAAGUCAUUAUAUAUCAAAAUGUUAGAAAAAAACUAAUAAUUGUUAAGGAGGUUGGUAGAUUGGAGAUGAAUCUUGUGAAGAAGGAUCUAUUGGAGCUCUAUGCGAAGAAUGUGAUAUAUAUAAUUUUAGAGGAUUUGGAUAAUAUUUUAAAAAUUAGAAUUAUUAAUGUGAAAUCUGCAGUGGAUUUACUGGAGAUAUUUUUUUUUCAUUCUUCAUAAAUUUAAUGUAAUAAAUAUAUAUUAAUUUUAGAGCCAUUAUCUCAAUAUAUUUAACAGUCAUUAGUGUAAAUAGUGUCUUUAAGAGUUUUAAAUUGCUCAAACAAACUACUAAAUAUUAUAAAAUAAUCUUCUGCAGUAAUUUAGGUAUAUUGUAAUUAAAAUUUAUUAAUAGAUUAAUCUGCGGCACUUAUUAAAAUGAUCGUUAACUAUUGUUAAAUACUAGUUAGUAUUAAAUCAUUUCAAUUAGAUAUGUAUUUAAAUAUUAUUGAUAUUUUAAUGCCAAUAAGUAAUCCUAUAGGAAGUUCUACUUUUUCUUUUGAAUGCUAUUUUGCUAGCUCUUCUAAAAUAAAAAUAAUUUAUCUUACUUAAAUCAUGUACAUAAUAUUACCAGCCAUAUAUUAUCUAUUCUUUUUAACAAGUUAUUUAAUAUUAGUCAUUUGCCAAAAGAUGAUUCUAACUUCAACCAUAUAUUUUACAGCCUUGAUCUAUUUGUUUUUUUACACUUAACCUAAUAUAAUAAAAUAAUUUGGAGGAUUGAUUGCAUAUAGAACAAUAUCUAUGAUUGAUUACAUCAAUAUAAAUACAUCAUAUUUAUAUUAUACUUAAGAGCAUUAAAAUUGGAUAAAAUUUUUUGUUGGGCCAAUUUUAGUAAUAUUUGGAGGAAUAAUACCUUUGCUUCUAUUAUUGAUACUCUACAAGAUCAGGAAUUAUUUUCAUUUUGAACGAACUCGAAAAAUAUGGGGUUAUUUAUUUAAUGAUUACAAAGAGAAUAGUUAUUAUUGGGAAAUAAUAAAGAUAUUUUAAAGAGAAGUAAUAAUGUUAUCAUUAAUAAUUAAUGAGGAAAGAGUAAUCUUCAAAAGUGUUAUUACUUUACUAGUUUUGAUCCUAUAUUUCUUUAUAUUCCUUUAUUUUUAACCAUACAAUCUUUAAGUCUUAAAUUAAUUUGAAUAAGAAAGUAUUCUUUUAUGUGGAAUCAUUAUUAUUUUAAGUUCUAUUCAUUAUUAAACUAAGAUUAUGGGAUAGCAAAAUCUUGAUAAUCUCUUUCAGAUUCUAUAAAUUAUUUUAUCAUUGUACUUUAUUUACACUAUAAUAAAAAAAGUAGUUCAAGUAUAUUACACUAAAUAUAAUGAAAGACUUGAUUAAAUAAGAUAAAAGAUAUUAUACAAAUACCCAAAAAUAAAAUACAUAUGUCCAUGGUUGAAAAAUAUUUUAACUUUGAGAAGUGAGAAAAAGAAAAUUGCACUUUCUCGAUUUCAAAUGAUUAAAAAAGCGUUAAUUUAGUAAAAAAUAAAUACAAGAUCAAAUAUAAUUCAUUAUAAAAAAGUCUCUUAUGGAAGUCCUUUAUCUAUUGAUUUAGGUGAAUAAACAUUCAUGAUGAAAUAACCAUCUAUUUAAUGA